UUAUCAAAAAAUGGGGCGCGACACCUCAUAGAUGGGCUCUAUGUUCCGCCUAACGACCCAAAACUCAAUAAAUUGCUCAGGAAACAACUCCAACAAACUGCUGGCAAGCAUUGGUUUGACAUGCCUGCUCCAACUCUCACUCCCGAGUUAAAGAAAGACCUCCACCUCUUGAAGUUAAGGAGUGCCAUGGAUCCCAAGAGACACUACAAGAAGGGUGACUCAAGAUCAAAACUCUCCCAUCCUAUAUUUGAUCAGGUGGGGACUGUAAUAGAGUCUGCUUCAGAAUUCUACGCGGGUAGACUUACCAAGAAGGAGAGGAAGGCUACCCUUGCUGAUGAGCUACUCUCUGAUUCUAACCUUGCACAGUACAGGAAGCGCAAGGUUCAAGAGAUUGAAGAGCAAAAUCGACCUGCUGGGUUUGACAAGUGGAAAAUAAGAGGACGGAAGUCCAUGAAGCGUGCUAAGCAAAGAAGGCAUUGAUUGAGUUUUUAUUCAUCUAGAAAGUGAAGAACUAUUCAGCUCCCGUCAUUUAUGUGGAAAGGAAGAGAAAACAAACUUGUACGAAAUUUUGAUAGAUUAUAUCGCUACAUCCCUUGUAGAAUUCGCAUUGGUUUUGGCCGACUGAUGAGAUGCAAAGUGUCAUAUUUUCAUGCCUAGCUUAUUUUGGUAUUUGCCAA